AAAGAAAUAAAUUAAAAAUUUUGUAUUUAUGGGAAAAUAAAACCAUCUGAAAAAUUAUGAUGAGAAGAAAAGAGAAAUUGUAAAAGUGAAAAAGAAUAAAAGAAUUUUUAAAAAAAUGGAUAAAUAUUCCAUCAGUGGUCGAAUAGGAGAAGGAGCACAUGGAGUUGUUUUGAAGGCGAUCGAUAACACAAAUGGACGUGAAGUUGCUUUAAAAAAAGUACUAUUAAAACGAAUUGAAGAUGGAAUACCGACGUCGAUAAUUCGUGAAGUUAAAAGUUUACAGACUCUGAAACAUCCUUAUAUAAUCGAAUUGAUUGAUGCAUUUCCAAUUGGACUCGACUUUGUGAUGGUGUUUGAGUACAUGCCCUCAGGAUUAUGGGAACUAAUAAAAGAUAACGAAAAUCCAUUAUCAGCGUCGCAAACGAAAACUUAUAUGAAAAUGUUACUGGAAGGCGUCGCUUAUAUGCACUCGAAAAAUAUAAUGCAUAGAGAUUUAAAACCAGCUAAUUUACUGAUAAAGAAAAAUGGUCAUUUAACGAUUGCCGAUUUUGGAUUAUCGCGAUUAAUGUGGGAAAAUGUCAGUCGACCUUAUUCACAUCAAGUCGCAACUCGAUGGUACAGAGCACCGGAAUUAUUAUAUGGAGCGCGAUUUUAUUCAGCGUCCAUUGAUAUGUGGUCCGUGGGUUGUAUUUUUGGCGAAAUGCUCAAUAACGCUCCACUUUUUCCCGGCGAUACGGAUAUUGAGCAAUUGGCAAUUGUUUUAAGACAUUUGGGUUCUCCAACAGCGGAAACGUGGCCAGAAUUAACGACACUACCGGAUUAUAAUAAAAUAACGUUUCCUUACCAAAAGGGAACGUUGUGGGAGCAAGUGAUUCCUGACGCUCAAUCGGAAGCUGUUGAUCUCGUGAGGAAUAUUCUUUUGUACAAUUCCUCGAAACGUUUGACAGCCAAUGAGGCUCUUCAUCACGAAUACUUUUAUUGCGAACCUUUCCCUUGCCCGGACACGGAAUUGAUUAAACUACCACAAGGACAUCGAAGUCGAUUGAAACCUAAAGAAAUUGAUGUUAAUGUUAAAUUGACAAUGCUUUUUAAAAAUAUUUUAAGCAUCACGUGAUGUUUAAAUAUUUCAAUUAUUACAAUGAAUUUAUUAUUACAAUAAUCAAAUAUGUUUAAUCAAAUAUGCAUUAUUGCAUUGAUUUGAAUACGAAAUUAGUUUUUUUU